UUUUAAUUUGGUAAGAUAUUACGAUAGCAGUGGUACCAUGUCAGUGAGUGAGGAACAGUACGGCAGCAUGUUGUUGACAGAACCGAUUUCACCAAGUUCUAGUGACACCAGGUCUCCACCAGCUUAUGGAAGCAUCACCGACGGUCCUUAUCUAAGCUCGGUGGAUAACAGAAGCGAGCAGAAGGAAGUGCAGGCUUUCGCAGCGGUGAAGAAUCCGCAGAUGGCUGGAGCGCUGUACAAAUUUGACGAAAAUCAAAUGUUCCAGUCAAUGGAUAAUCUCCACCUGUCGAGAUGGAACGACAAAAACGAAGAAAAUAACUUUGGGUACGACCAAAACAAUCAAGUUAUGCUAAAUUACGAGAGGCCUUACUUCAGCGUUCAGCUUCCUUUCGAAGUCACGCCACCAUCUGAAGGAGGAUCUAUGACAAUUACUAAAGAUGUUGAAAAAAGCCCUCGGUCUAUCCCAAGUCCAAAGAUAUCCACCAAUACGAACGCACCAAAGAGAGCCCGUACGGCUUACACUUCCUCCCAACUCAUCGAGCUAGAGAAGGAGUUCAACAGCAGCAAAUACCUUUGCCGCCCAAGAAGAAUACACCUAGCUAACAUCCUGAAUCUCAGUGAACGACAAAUCAAAAUCUGGUUCCAAAACAGACGGAUGAAGCACAAGAAGGAUCAGAAGAGUAAGUCUGGUUCCCCGGAUCACAGGUCAUCACCACUUAUUUCUUCGUCUUCCACCAAUUCCAGUCCCGGUUCCAGAUCGAGAAUUCAGAUUAAAUCGGAUGAGACUGCUAUAGAGCGUUUGUUGAACCACUCGAUUUCUUCUCAGAAUCAGUACAUACCUCAGACUUUGCCGAAUUACAGUUCUCCUCAGUACUGCUCCCAGUGGGAUCGUGAAAGACAGAACUACACAAACCAAUACUUAUCCAACUGCGGAUCCAACAUGUAUAUUGAUGCUGACUCUGGAUAUUCCUACAAUAAUAUUAACUACUAUCCAGUUAAUAAUUAUGAUCAGUAUAACGAGGAAGCUACCAAGCCAUUGUAUCAGCCAUAUUUGAAUAUCAAGAAGGAGGGAGCUGGCGAAGAAGUCGAUCAUGAAGUCUAUGGACAGAGAGAAUUUGCAACUGGUCCUUCCGUUAAUGUCCAGUGGGAACAUCAUGGCCAGUGCUUGGGAAAUAUUAGUCCUCAUGAUAACUUAACUCCAUUGUAAUUGGUGUGGGAAAUGAUAAUGGUUUAUUAAAAUAUUGGGUUUAGGUUUAAAAAUUUCUCUUCAAAAUCAAAGCUAAGUAAACCAUAUGAAGCACAUAUUUUUUUGAUUUUCAUUUAUACUUAUCUUGUGCUCUUUUUUUGAUAAAUUGUUAGAAUUGUAUCAAAAAUAUUUAAAUCAUAUAGAUCUUUUCAGUUAUUGGAUAAGGAAAAUGUAUUUAUCAAAUUAAGAAAUAUUUUUGCUUCUUGUGAUAUAAAUACUUUUACUUAGCUCUGACUUGGCCCAGAUAUAUUUUAAUAUAAUAGACAAUAAGUACUAUACUCAAUUUAGGUUUUACGGACUUAACAAUCAGAGUUAAAGAUUAAUUUUUGCCUUUUAUGUUGAUAAUUUAUGUUUAGUUUUUUAUAUUUAUGGAUUUGAAUAGAGCAUAUGGUUCGUAGUUGUGCCUUUUUAAACUCUUUUAUAAUGAGUCCAAUGUUUAUUAAAUAAACUAAAAAUUAUUUAUAUGUAUUCAAAAGUAGCUUAGAUUUGUAAAUUUAAUUGAUAUUAUAAGAGAUUUAAAGAAUAGCUAACUUACAGAUCCAUUGUUGUAUGAAAUCCACAUAAAAGGGGUGUCCAAAAAAAUUUUUAAUAAAAUUUUUCAAUUCGUAGUACAAAUAGACUUUUGUAAAUAAAUAUAAAAUUCGUUAUUUUUUUUAUAAAUUUCUACUUAUUUUGAAUAUUGCAACGUUAAGAAAUUGAUGAAAUUUAAGAAAUAUUGCAACGAAUGAAUUAAUUUUUUAUUUAAAAAAUAUUUAAAAAAAUAUUUAAAUUUGGAAGAUGAUAAUUUUUUCUUAAAAUUCAUUAUAUUUUUGUAACAAAAUAAUAAACUAUAAAUAUAUUUAAUAAUAGAUAUAUAUUUUUCUUUGGCUCUGAAAUACUUUAGGGGCAUACUUUUCCUUCUAUAUAUACAAUACUCUUUUGGUUUCUCACUAUUUUAAAUACAUAAUAAAAUAUGCUAUAGACAUAUUUUUGUUUCUAAAUGGUCAAUAAAUAUAUGGCCAAAUAAUGUUCAAUAUAUAAAAAACAGUAUAUGAAACAUAGUUUAUAUAUUUCUAACAGUAUAUAUGAUUUUGUUUAAAUUUAUAUUUAAUAGUUUUUAGAAAGGUUUUUUGUAUAAAUAUAAAUUUAGCAAUAUAUAUAUUUUUAUAUAAUUCAUAUAUUCUUUGUACACAUAAAUAUAGUAUAUCCAAACAAGACUUAAUAGAUAUAAGAAGUUAA